AUGAAGAACAAGAAGAAGUUGAAGCAGUCCGCGCGCGACGUGGUGCCACCUGAGGAGCCGUCCGAGGAAGUCAACAAGCCUUUGGGCUUCAUGGAUCUCUCGGCCGAGCUGAGAAAUACCAUCUACGAGCUCUGUCUCACGAGUACCAAGAAGAUUAUCAUCCACAGAAGUACGAGGUCUCAGGCGCCCAUGGGAUGGCUUGGUCGGUAUGGCAUGCUAGGCAAUGUCGGCCAGACGGAUCUCUACUUCUCCAACACGCUGCUCUGCCCGAAUCUUCUGGCCACCUGCAAGUCUAUUCACGAAGAAGCGACGCCGGUACUCUAUGGCUCAAACCAGUUCGUUUUACGUCCAGAUGACAGUGGCCAUGCAGAGCGACUGAGGCCUUUCACCCUGUGUAUUGGCAGCUCCGUAAAGCACAUCCGGAACAUCGAGAUCACCCGUGCUGCCAACAAACGGACCAUURCCAGCAUUCUAAAGUCUCUCGAGGUAGCAAAGUCGCUACGAACGCUCAAGGCUGACUUCAGAGACAACUUCUUCAUUGCACGCACCAUGGCUGCCGCACUCUAUCCGCUCAUACUCCAGAUUCAUCAAAGCCGCAAAGACACCGAUCAGCCAGCCGCGCUCGAUAUGCUCGAGUUCCCACCAUCGUAUAUUGGGGAUAUAGGGACCUGGGGAGACAUGAGCCCAGUAAAGGGCAUCCUUGAAAAGAGACUCAUCAGAUUCGACAAGUCUUCCGCCAAGAAGAAAUGA